UGCGUCAGUGGGCCUGCAGGCUCCACGCUGGUGCUGAGACAGGAUGAAGAGGUUCAGGCGACACGGCCAGGAGUCCCAGAGAGAUCGACUCAAACAGGAACUCUUCCAGUUCAACAAGACAGUGGAGCAUGGAUUCCCGCACCAGCCCAGCGCUCUGGGCUACAGUCCGUCCCUGCAGCUGCUGGCCAUCGGCACCCGCUCCGGGGCCAUCAAACUGUAUGGAGCUCCAGGUGUGGAGUUCAUGGGUCUACAUGAUGAGAAUGCUGCCGUCACACAGGUGCACUUCCUCCCUCACCAGGUUGAACUGGUGACUCUGCUGGAUGACAACAGUCUUCACAUGUGGACUUUAAGGGCUCACCAGGGACACUCUGAACUUCUGGAGAUAGGACGCUUCACACUCACUGGGCCACCGGGCGCCCCUCCAAGUGUGACCAGAGUGACGGCAGUGCUGGCCCACUCCUCCGGGGAGCUGCUGCUGUUGGGGACAGAAGGAGGACACGUCUUCGUCGUUGAAGUCCCAGGGUUCAGAGAGCUGGAAGAGAGGAACAUUAGUCUGGACCAAGUGGCCAGCAGUGUCCCAGACGACUACAUCGGCCGCAGGAAUCUGGAACACGUAGAGGCCUUACAGGAGAACCCGGUCAACCCGAACCAGGUUGUUAUUGGCUACGGACGAGGUCUCAUGGUCAUCUGGGAUCUGGAGAAACAGCGUGCUGUCCACCACAUCCCUGCCACACAGCAACUGGAGAGUGUUUGGUGGACAGAGGACGGAGGCUACAUUCUCAGUUCACACAGCGAUGGGAGUUACUGCCAAUGGAUGGUGAGUGGCGAGGGCGAUGACGAGGAGAAAUCCGACAUUCCUUAUGGACACUUCCCCUGCAAGGCCAUUUCCAAAAUAGUUCAGCUACCUACAGAAGAAGGGCCUCCGUUCCUCCUGUUCAGCGGUGGAAUGCCCAGAGCCAGCUACGGGGACAGACACUGUAUCACAGUGAUCCACAGUAAAACACACGUGGCUCUGGACUUCACCUCCAGGAUCAUCGACUUCUUCACCAUCAGAGACGGACCGCAGCACACAGGAGACCCCAGUGCGCUGGUGGUGCUGGUGGAGGAAGAGCUGGUGGUGAUUGACCUGCAGACAGAGGGCUGGCCCGUCAUCCAGACACCGUACCUGGUUCCCCUCCACAGCUCGGCCAUCACCUGCUCCCACCACGUCUCCGCCAUCCCCCUCAAACUGUGGGAGAGGGUCAUCACCGCUGGACAACUGCAGAACACACACUACUCCAAAAAGCCAUGGCCAAUAACAGGAGGCCAGAACCUGGCCCCAGACCCUCCGCAGAGAGACCUGCUGCUCACAGGGCAUGAGGACGGGACAGUGCGUUUCUGGGACGCAUCGGGAGUCUGUCUGUAUCCCAUGUACAAGUUAAGCACAGCUGGAGUGUUCCACACAGAUGCGGACCCCAAUGAUAACAUGCACCAGGGCACUGAAGGAGAGUGGCCGCCAUUCAGAAAGGUUGGCUGUUUUGACCCCUACAGUGAUGACCCGAGGCUCGGCGUUCAGAAGAUCCACCUUUGUAAAUACAGUGGUUAUCUGACUAUAGCUGGCACAGCUGGACAGAUCCUGGUGCUGGAACUGAACGAUGAGGCGGCGGAGCAGACCGUGGAGGCUAAAGUAGUGGAUCUGCUGCAGGGCCAAGAGGGCUUCCGCUGGAAGGGCCACGCUCGGCUGGAUGUGCGAGAGGAGCCGGUGCUGUUUCCUCCAGGCUUCCAGCCUUUUGCUCUGGUCCAGUGCCAGCCGCCUGCCGUGGUCACCGCCCUCACCCUGCACUCGGAGUGGAAGCUGGUAGCUUUUGGCACCAGCCACGGCUUUGGCCUGUACGAUUACCAACAGAAGAACAACGUCCUCGUCAAGUGCACCCUCAACCCCAGUGACCAGCUGGCCAUGGAGGGCCCUCUGUCCAGGGUGAAGAGCAUAAAGAAAUCCCUCCGACAGUCCUUUAGGAGAAUCCGACGCAGCAGAGUCUCUCUGAGGAAACAUCACGUCCACAACGCUGCCAAGCUCCAGGAGGCCAACGCUCGUCUGGAGGCUGAACUGGCAGAGAUGGAGCUGGCUCCUGUCCAGAGGAAGAUCGAGGCUCGCUCCUCAGACGACUCGUUCACCGGUCUCGUACGGACCAUCUACUUCGCCGACACCUUCCUCUCAGACAGUUCACAUAGCACACCCUCCCUAUGGGCAGGGACCAAUGGCGGCUGUGUGUUUGCAUACAUGCUCCGCCUUCCUUCUGUAGAGCACAGAGCAGAAGAACCAGUAACUGCACAGCCGGCUAAGGAGAUCCAGCUGAUGCACCGGGCUCCUGUUGUUGGGAUAGUGGUGCUGGACGGUCACGGAGCUCCCCUGCCUGAGCCCCUAGAGGUGGCCCACGACCUGGCUCGCUCCCCGGACAUGCAGGGCUCACACCACCUCCUGGUCAUCUCUGAGGAGCAGUUUAAGGUGUUCACCCUGCCCAAGGUCAGCGCCAAGAUGAAGCUGAAGCUGACGGCUGUGGAUGGCUCCAGAGUUCGGAGGGUAGGCGUGGCCUGGUUUGGCAGCAGUCGCUCGGAGGACUACGGCGAGAGCGGCCUGGUGGUUCUGACCAACCAGGGCGACGUCCACGUGGUGUCGCUACCGACGGUCAAGAUGCAGGUCCAUUACCCCUGCGUACGCCGGGAGGACGUCAGCGGCAUCGCCUCCUGUGUCUUCACCAAGCACGGCCAGGGCUUCUACCUAAUCUCUCCGUCCGAGUUUGAGCGGUUCUCUCUGUCCACCCGCUGCGUGGUGGAGCCUCGCUCUCUGGUGGAGGUUCCUCUUCAUCCAGGCUCCUCCAACAAACACCGGCUACGGCCUGAUGGAGCUUCGUCUGCUCAUAGAAACACCAGACAAGGCAGCGAGGAUGCAGAAAGUGCAGCUAGACGUGUUAUGGAGCAUGCUUUGCUGAAUGACGAGAAAGUACUUCAAGAGAUCCAGAAGUCACUAGAAGGAGACCAGACGUCGCUCCUGGAGAAUAAUGUGAAGAGUGCUGUAGCUUAAGAGACAUCUCUGGAAAGUUGAGGUGAGACUAAGAGUGAACUCACACGAUGUGUAUGAAGCGUACUGCAGCCUCCUGCUCGGCUCACACAACCACUACUGACCCCCGAACCCCUCGCCUCAGUGACUUACCCCCCCACUCCCCCCCCCUUCAGAUCCCACCCGCCCGUCGUAGAGAGACACCGAAAGGCUGUUGGCAGUUGUGCUUAAUGAGCACCCCGCGCCUCCCUCACGGUGCGGUUAGUGGGGGGUGGGGGGUAGAGACACCACCUGUGCCUGAAGACCACGUGCUGUACCCAGAUGAUCCCAGCACGCUCACGGACCGGUUUCAGGCCGACGCUACAAGCAACACAUUCCUGACAUGUGACCGGUGCCAUAAUUCAUCCCUUCGACAUCCAACCAGCAUCUCCUCUCUGCCAUAGAGAACCCCCCCCCCCCUCGCUCCUGAAGCCUUUCUCACCGCCGGCCUUUUCAUGGGGAUUGUGCCAGUAGAAACGGAUCGUCCAAUCAGCACGCUGUCCUCUGUGCCGUCAUCUCUGCCCGCGGACACACAGCUGGAAGGACCGUGGGCGAGGAUCUGAGGGACGUUGCUGAAAACAUUUAGAGCUUCAACUGUAUGUGAUAUGUGCCUGAUAUUUUCUAUUUUUUUUUUAUUUGAAGAAUAUUUAUACUGUGGGAGCCCAUUUCUGCCAGGAAAAGAGGUAAAAAAAAAAUUAAAAAUACUCGAGUAAAACAAAAUUCAUGUUUGAGAUACUAUGUUAAAUUAUGACCAGUGGAGGACUUUUUUUUACCCAAAAUAUUUAGAUCUUAAGUCAAAGUCUGGGCUUUUUCACAGUUUUAAGUUUAAUGAUCUAAAUACAUGUAAUAUCUUAAUUGGUAUUAUAGUUGUACCCUAAGAGCCAUAAUUGUACUUAAUCAUAAGUUGGACUUAGAAUCUCAUAGUUUUGACUUACCAUUCAAACAUUUUUAUUUAGUGAAUCCCAUACUUACAACGUGACUAAAGUUGACCCACUAUUAUAGUUUUUACUCUGCGUCCUAACUUUGACGUAGAAUCCUGUAAUUUUGACUCAAAACUUUAUAUUUUUCUCUUUAUAUUUGUAUUAAGUGGAUCAAGUUUUUACACAUUUUUUUAGCUCAAAAUUGAUGCAAAAAAACUGUUCCAUAAUUUUGCCUCAGUAACGUUUUUAUUUUUGUGAAUCCUUCCAUGUCAUUUUUGACCCUUUUCUUUGGUGUAAAUGAGCUUCUUCACCAGUCAGAAGAACCGUCGAGGGAAAUGUUCCACUGAUGUCCCUGAAGAGAGA